GACUUGUUGCAAAUCUUAUUACAGACGUUUCAGGAUCAAGCAAAGUAUUUUGGGGAGGCCGAGUAGUGUAUGAUAAUGAAGCCAAAGUAGCAUUGGGAGUUUCAUCAUCAAUACUUGAAUCUUAUGGAGCGGCAUCACAAGAAACAGCAUUCUCUCUGGCUGAAAAUGGACUUAUUGAGUUGCAAAAAUCUUCAAAAGCACAUUCCAAACAUACAAUCUGUAUUGCUACCACAGGGCUUGCAGAAAGAGACGAAGAAAAUAGAAAUUUUGGAGGGGUUUGUUGGAUCGGAAUAGCCUCUAACUGCGGUCCAACAUUUGUUGAACGAAUAGACGCACCUUCCAAACUUUCAAGAAAAGAGACAAAAUUACUAUUUGCUAGAAGAGCUCUUGAGCUGUUAGAAAGCUUCGUUAUCGUUAACGAUUUACCUUAA